GAGAGAUACUCUUAAUUGUGAAUAUAGUCUUCUUUGGAAGAUUGUGAAACUCCCAUUGCCAAUGAGAUUUUAGUAAUAAUUGGGUCACUUAUUUACAUAAGAGAGAAAGAGAAAUCGAGUCUAGAAAUGGAGAAUAUAGAACAUAAGAGAAGGAUAGUGUUGGUUCCCCUUCCAUUACAAGGACAUGUAACCCCGAUGAUGCAGCUCGGAAAAGCCCUUACCUUAAAAGGCUUCUCAAUCACAGUUGCUUUAGGGCAGCUCAAUCCAGUAAGCUCAUGGCAACACUUCCCUGGUUUUCAAUUUAUCACCAUAACAGAAAGCUUACCGUUGUCUGAAAUCGAGGCACUCGGACCUGUCGAGUUCUUGAUAAAGAACAACAAUACCAGCGAGGCAAGCUUCAAGGACUGUAUAAGUCAGUUGUUGACACAACAAGGUAAUGAUAUUGCAUGUAUCAUCUACGACGAUCUUAUGUACUUUUGUGAAGCUGCAGCUAAGGAGUUUAAGGUUCCAAGUAUUAUCUUUAGUACUACUAGUGCUACACAUAAAGCUUGCUUCUCUGUUUUAACCAAACUCAAUCCCAAGAAGUUCUUGAUUGACAUGGAAGAUCUUGAAUUACAGAACAAGUUAGUGGAAAAUUUACAUCCAUUACGUUACAAAGACCUACCAAUUGCAGGAUUUGGACCACUAGAUAGAUUUGUGGAGCUUUGUAAGGAAGUACUCAACAGAAGAACAUCUUCUGCUGUUAUAGUUAACACAGUGAGUUGUCUAGAGAGCUUGUCUCUAACACGAAUGCAACAAGAUUUUGGAAUUCCAGUGUACACAUUAGGCCCUCUUCACAUUACAGCUGCUUCAGCAACUUAUAGUUUACUUGAAGAGGACAAGAGCUGCAUUGAAUGGCUGAACAAGCAGAAACCAAGGUCAGUUAUAUACAUAAGCUUGGGAAGCAUAUUUGACAUGGGAACUAAGGAAGUUUUAGAGAUGGCUUGGGGGUUGUGUGAUAGUAACCAACCUUUCUUAUGGGUCAUCCGAAAUGGAUACGAGUCAUUGCCAGAGGAAGUCAGUAAGAUGGUCUCAGAAAGAGGAUACAUUGUGAAAUGGGCACCGCAGAGUGAAGUUCUUGCACAUCCUGCAGUGGGAGGCUUCUGGAGCCACUGUGGAUGGAACUCAACACUAGAGAGCAUCGCGGAAGGAGUUCCAAUGAUCUGCAGGCCUUUUAACGGUGAGCAGAAUUUAAACGCAGUGUAUAUAGAAAAUGUUUGGAGAAUAGGGAUUCUACUUCAAGGUGAAGUGGAAAGAGGAGUAGUAGAGAGAGCUGUGAAGAAGUUGAUCAUGGAUGAUGAAGGUGUAUUGAUGAGGGAGAGAGCUAUUGUUCUUAAAGAGAAGCUCAUUUCUUCUGUAAGAAAUGGAGGAUCCUCAUACAAUGCAUUGACUGAGCUUGUCAACCACUUGAACACAGAUUGAAAAAAAAAGAUGCUUAUUAGACACUAGAAAUCAUAAAGUAAAUCUGGUGAUC